AUGGCUGAAGAUGCCUGGUGGGAUGCCUGCGUCGCAGCUGAGAGGCAGCGGGAGGCCCGCCAGCCUGCAAAGAAGCGGAGAAAACGCUUCCUGACCCUCGAGCAACUGCGGGCAGAACUAACGGCCUUUGGCUUUGACCUGGAAGGUUCCAAUGAGAAAAAGCAAGUGUUGCUGGACUUGUUCACAGAGGCAGUGCAAGCCUCAAAAACAGACGACAGCACCUCCCUGUCUUCCGGAAAUUUGGCCAGAGUGAAGAACAAAUGGCUACAGCAGCAGCAGGCGGAAAGGCUCAAACAAAAGGCAUUGGAGAAGACCGCGCGGGAACGCCUAGAGAAGAAGCAGAGGGAGGAGGAGAGGGAGUAUGCAGCAAAAUUCGGGCCAUGGUCCAAUGAAGAAUUGAGGGGCUUCUCAGAUACAAAAUUGGAACAGCUCAGGAGGGGCCUCAAUUCAGAAGUGGAACGCUGCACGUCACAGGAGAGGGGGGAACGACUGUUGGAUGCGGAGGUGUCUGUGCUCCGGGAGCAGGGGAGGAGAAUCAAACGACGCGACACUGAGGGGAAGGCCACCCCCGUGCCGCUCACCAAGGACCAGCGGCUCACCAAGGACCUAAAAUCAAUCCUUUCCACAGUAGGAGUCGAUGUACCCGCUCGCAGCACACUGGAGGAGCUCAGAAAGUCUAGCAAGAAAGCCUCCCUCUUAAUCCAUCCAGAUAGGGUGCGGAAAGGCGCUAGUGCAGAAGAGAUUAAAACACCUACCGCUGCGCCGAUGGAUCUGGCAGGGUUAAUGGAUGUCCCGUCGAUGGGAAUCAGGGCCAGGUGA